GAGGCGGGGAGCGGCGCGCCCGCCUGCCUGCCUACGGAACGGGCGGAGGAGCGCGGCGAGCGGCGGGCCGGCCGAGCCAGGCGCGACGGAUGGAGGCGCGCGGGGAGCCGCCAGCGGACAGAAUGAGCCAGGGCGACGCCAACCCGGCCGCCGUCCCGCACGCCGCUGAGGACGUUCAGGGCGAUGACCGAUGGAUGUCGCAGCACAACCGAUUUAUUGUGGACUGCAAAGACAAGGAACCUGAUGUACUGUUUGUUGGAGACUCCAUGGUGCAGCUGCUACAGCAGUAUGAGGUAUGGCGGAAGCUCUUUUCACCCCUACAUGCAUUAAAUUUUGGGAUUGGAGGGGACACAACAGGGCAUGUUUUGUGGAGACUGAAGAAUGGUGAACUGGAAAAUAUUAAACCCAAGGUCAUUGUUGUUUGGGUUGGAACAAAUAACCAUGAAAACACAGCAGAGGAAGUAGCUGGGGGAAUAGAAGCCAUUGUGAGGCUGAUAAAUACGCGGCAGCCCCAGGCCAAGAUUAUUGUGCUGGGUUUGUUACCACGUGGCGAGAAGCCAAACCCGCUGCGGCAGAAGAACAGUGCCGUGAACCAGCUCUUGAAGGCCUCAUUGCCCAAACUCUCCAACGUUCAGUUGCUGGAUGUGGAUGUGGGCUUCGUGCAUUCGGAUGGCACCAUCUCCUGCCACGACAUGUUUGAUUUUCUGCAUUUAACUGGCGCUGGCUAUGCCAAGAUCUGUAAGCCCCUCCAUGAACUGAUCAUGCAGCUGCUGGAGGAGACCCCUGAAGAGAAGCAGGCAACUCUGGCCUGAGCAGCCAGUUCCAGCAGUGUUAAUGGCAUCCCAGCUCCAUCAGCGCAGUUCUUUACCCUGGCACUACAACAUCCCCCUUGCUCAAAGCACUUUCCAUUGUCGAAUGUUACUGGGUGUUGUGUUUAGCAUUGGAAGAGGGGAAGCUGAUGUAAUGGCACCUGGCUGAGCCGAAUAAGUCUCUUAUCAGCAGGGUGAAAUUGACCACAGAAGGAUUUUACUUUUCAGUUGAUUCUUGUUUACGGCAUGAACAUACUUGUCCCCUGUCCGUUCCUCCUGUUCUGUCACUGCCAGUCCCCCCCUUGGUGUUUUGCCAGGCGUAUUUCAGUAGCCCUUAAGACUCCCUCUAUCUCAGCUCACUAUUUACUCUCACAUUCCACUCUGUGAACCCACGGCAGCAGUUUCUUUAAAAGCUGGAAUGGCUCAGGCUUCCCAAGGUAGGUGUUUUGUUUCACGUGACACAGCUGCUUUCUGGCUUUGGCAGGAGCAGCCAUCAAACUAACCCCAAGAGACAGAUAUUUGUGACACUUUCAUUUGAGAAGUGUUCAGUGAGUGAAGCCCUCUAGAGCAGCCCUGAUCCCUUUGGUUUUCUCUGGCCUGUCGGAUGUCAUUUCCGUCUUGUGAGGGUGUCCAGUUGAGCAUCCCAGGGAAAGCUGUUCCUUUUCUAUGCUCUGGUAUGACGUUCCCAGCUUUUGAAGGCCCUCUGGCUUUGGCGCCCCAUUGAAUGAUGGCUACCCCCCUCCUUAUAAAACUGACAUUUCUUCUCGCUGUGAUGUCUUGUGCUUCAGGAUGCUGUGUGCAGAGCUGCUUGUCUUCAUUGUUUCACUUUUUUAAAAAAGAAAAAAAACUGGCAAAAAGCAAAUGACUGUUACUUUUCUUCUCAAGAUGAUAAUCCGUAGCCCUUUCCCUUCUUGCGGGCCUGAAAGAGCCGGCGGGCUUACGAGUCCCAAGGUGUCGAUUUCUUUGUUGUGUCCGCCUGUCUUGUACAAGCCUUUUAUUCAAGCCGGUGCGGCCUCCGACAGGAGCGGACCCAGUGCAGGGGCAUCCUUUCCCCCUCCUGGCCUGCCUCUGCCUCCGUUCCAGCAGAGAGCCUGUUGCGGAGAGCAGCCAGUCUCUUCGGUCCUGCUAGGACUGGAGCUUUUGAUCAGGAGGCCAGCAAGGGAGUAAAGCCUUAGUGAAUGUCUAGGUCAACAGGAGAGAAUUUCCCCGUAGAAGAGAACAUCUCUCAGAUCUCAGCGUUUGGAAGCCUUGUUCUUGAGGCGUCUUCUUGGAAGUCCAGCCGCUUCCUUGCUUGCUUCCUUUUAUUUUUACCUGAUCAAGCAGCUCAGCGGUAUCAGCUGUUGAAUCUUUGCCAGUCAGUCACAGCACAAGUGUGUGCCUUCUCCCCCUCUGCACCCCUAAAGAAGGUUUUGUGCUUGUGACUUCUAUGGCUGCUCUUGUUACAAAAAGGCUGCUUCUGCACACUAGAGGGUUCCAAGUGUGAGUGUAUUUUCUGAGCUUAAUAGCUUCCCAGUAGAGGCCUCCCUGUUGUUCAUCUGUCCAGUCUUUUGCAUCAGUAGAUUUCCUGCAGCUUAAGCAGGGGUAUCCACAAAGCCCCCCAUGCAUUGAAGCAAAUUCUGUGGAGCAUCUUGAUGUGGAGGGGCAGCGUUUGCUGAAGCCCCGGAGGGCAGGAUUCGUGGGGUUGCUGGCCAGCUGCAGAGGAGGCCUUGGACUCCUGCUGCUUAUCCAGUGAAUAACCCAGAUGGGAAAGGUGACACAUUACUGACCAAAUGUUUCCUAGGACUUCUGAGGUGUUCCCCCCUCAUCAGCUGACCACCUGCCUGUGGGCCAGACGUUACUGGGGGCCCAAAAAUCCUUCUGUGGCUAAGCAGCUUGGCUACUCAAGCCUUGAGAGAGAGAGCUAAGCGGCCCCCAGCGGUCCAGGUUCUUGGCACAGCAGUGGGCUCCAAACUGGCUGCCUGUCCUAAACCUGGUGGAGUUGCCCUGUGCCAUUUCCCCAGCAUGCUGCCCUCACUGUGAUGAGGCAGCAUCUCCCCCUUCUCCGGCCACUGAGCCAGGUGAGAUCUCUUGAGCUUUGGCUGGCCGCCAUCAGUGGCGACCAUCUGGAUUGCGCUCCUCAGGAUACUGGUAACCGAAAGGGUCCUGAUCCUGGGACGUGCUGAGUUCUAGCUGCAACCAGCCGCUCUUGAAUCCCCUCCCCUGCCAGCCUCUCUGCCAGACUUAUGUGGGUUGUUUCUUUAGUCUUGUCGCCGUGUCUGUUGUGAGCUGCAGCCCAGAAUCUUGUCUGUCCUGUGGUGUGUAGGAGCAUCGGCCAAUUUUAUGUUUACUGCAGCAAAGUGUGAAACAAACGCUAAAGAAUUAUGUUGUCUUGAUCUUGUAACACACAAUGUGGCUGUAAGGGGGGGGGGGGCUUGGAGAAACUUGUGCAGGCCAGCAGCCUGCUUGCUCCAGGAGGUGGGAAUGCCGUGGAACCCCCUGCCUUGCUUUGCUUUGCUUUGCUUUGCCUUGCCUUGCCUUGCCUUGCCGCUGGGCGGGAGCGCGCUUGCCCCCCUUCAGCGGUAGCUGACUGGACCCUUCACUCCCGCUCUACGAAAGCCAUGACCCUGCUUUGGCCAAAUGGCAUGGAGGACUGGUAGCCUGCCCUCUUUAGUGCAUCUUUCAAUAUAAAUGUGUGUUUCACCAGUG